AUGAUUGAAUGGCUUGAUACUCCUUUAGGUCAACAGCGAGCUACAUUACCUUUAUUAUAUUUAUUUUCCCAAUUAAUUUUUUUUAUUAUUUAUACAAAUCAAGAUCGUCUUUAUGACUAUCUCGUUAAAGAAGAAUUAAAAUUUUUUUCUAUUAUUUUUUUACAAUGUCAUACAUUUCUUACUGCUUUAAAUUAUAUAAUACAGUGGGUAUCAAUGUGGACAUUAUGGGAUUAUUAUGCAUCCGAUGAUUGGCUUCUUAUGCUUGUCAUUAGUAUAGCUUCAAUAUUAGCUAUAAUCGUUUUAACAGGACAUACAUAUAAUCUUGUUUGUUCACCAUUUAUAAUGAGUUAUGAUUCAAUUGAAUAUAAUGUACGAAUUGAAACAUCAUUUAUAACAGAAAAAAUGAGUCUAUUUCUUUUACAUAUAUUAAAUUAUAUUUUUUAUGAAUAUAUUAUAUCAUUAUUGUCUAUUUUAGUAUGGCAUGGUUCAUACACAUUACUUGAUGUCUUUUUAUAUCCAAGUAAUGAGUAUAUGUCAGCUGCUAUAAGUCUUCUUAUUGGCUAUAUAUUAUAUUUUAUUCUUAUGUAUACACAAUCUUUUCAAAAUAAUAUUUGUUUAUUAUCAAUAUUUAUCCAUUUAAAUUAUCCAUUAUUUAUACAAAAUCUUCGUCAUCUAUUUGCUUUUUUUUCAUGUGUCUUUUUAUGGCGAGGUUAUUGGAUUUUAUUUGAUGCAUAUAUUUCAACACUAUCAUUAAUACAUGAAUCACCUUAUACAUCUUAUGUUAUUGCAUUAAUAAUAUCAUUUAUUAUUCUAAGUAUAAUGAAAACAGCAUCUUCAAUUAAUGGUCCUAUGUCACAUAUAAAUGAUGAAUAUAAUCUUUUUCCAUUGUAUUCAAACUGUUUUCUAAUUAAAUGGUUUAAUCGAAAGAAAAAAUCAAAUGAACAUCCUUCAGCUUUAAAUAAAAUUACAAAUGCUGAACCAUUUAUAAUUACAUUUUUUUAA